GCAGCAGCUCCUUUAACUGCCAAGCUCGUCAACCAGGAUGACACUUUUCAUGUGGUCACUUUCUUUUCGGUUCUUCAACUCUCCCAGGUCCCCUAUGGCCUAUAGAUAUACAUGAUGACGUCUUUCUUUUCCUAUUUGAUACCCGUGUUUCUAUUUUUCUCUACUGUCUUUGCCUCCGACUACCAUGAACAGCUGAACCUCAAGCCGCUCCCCCAAUCCUCACUCCUUGCGAGUUUCAACUUCCGGUCGAACACAACGCUGUCGCAAUUCGAGGCGCACAACUUUCGAUACUUCCCCCGAUCACUGGGACAAAUACUGCAGCAUGUCGGUACGCGGGAACUGCAUCUGAGAUUUAGCUUGGGCCGGUGGGAUGCCGAAAGCUGGGGAGCACGACCUUGGGAUGGCACCAAGGAAGGAGGCACGGGCGUGGAGCUAUGGGCAUGGCUGGAGGCGGACACGGAAGAACAAGCCGACCUCAAAUGGCUGACGUUGACGAAUGCCUUGUCCGGCUUGUUCUGCGCGUCCCUGAACUUCAUCGAUGAGACUCGAACGACCCGGCCUGUUAUGUCCUUUCAACCCGAAGGUGAUCAUGGCUCUAGCCUCGAUAAUCUGCAUCUACUGCAUGGCGUCUUACCGCAUGAGAUUGUGUGCACGGAAAACCUCACGCCAUUCUUAAAACUAUUGCCAUGCAAAGGCAAGGCUGGAAUUUCGAGUCUGCUGGAUGGACAUAAGUUAUUUGAUGCGUCGUGGCAGAGCAUGGCAAUAGAUGUUCGACCUGUAUGCCCCCGAGGUCAAGAGUGCGUCUUGCAAAUAGAACAAACCAUUGACAUGGUUCUUGAUAUCGAGAGGUCGAAGCGACCGAGGGGUAACCCUAUCCCACGGCCACCGCCAGGGUAUGAUCUGAAAUGCAAUGCCACGAAGCCGUACCACUCAGGCGACACGUGUUUUCCUUCUGACUUUGCAGAAGGCGAGGACUGGUCCAUAGACCAGAUCUUUGGCAAGUUCCUCAGAGGGACGUGCCCUUUGACGGACCCGGAUGUUCCGCCUGUUUGCAUACAUGUCCCAGAGAGAAGGGACAUAUUUACGACAGCUAAUGCGGUUGAACUCAAGAACUCUGAUGGCCUCUCUCGAUGUUAUCAAGUCCCUUCUGAAGGUGAAUUUUCGAUGAUCCUACCUCGGAUGCCUCGAGAGGGUGACAAUGCCAAAACAAUUGCAGAUGAGACAGUUCGGCCAGAAACACCACUUCUUUACGCAGAACGUAGCUUGACGGGCCACGGCCAAGAACGUGGCGGUGUUCAAUCUAUUCUCACAAACCCUAGCCCCGACACUGCAAUUGAAUUCGUAUAUAUGGAAAGCUUGCCAUGGUUCAUGCGCAUCUAUCUUCACACGCUCAAGGCCCGUGUUGAAGCUGCCCCAGGGGCCAAAGAUGAGAUUAUCGAAGAAAUAUAUUACCGCCCGGCUCUCGAUCGAGCAAGGGGCACCCAACUCGAGUUGCGUGUGCGCAUUCCUCCUGCUAGCACUGUAUUUCUCACAUAUGACUUCGAGAAAUCCAUUCUACGCUACACAGAAUAUCCACCUGAUGCAAAUAGGGGUUUCGACGUCGCAGCCUCAAUCAUAACAAUCCUCCCGUCAACUGCACCCGGGGCACCACCUUCCCGACUGAAGAUAUCGAAUUUGCGAACGACGAGUUUACUACUCAGCUUACCUACCCCUGAUUUCAGUAUGCCUUACAAUGUGAUCAUAUUUACGAGUACUGCGAUCGCUCUCGCUUUUGGAGGGCUUUAUAAUCUCCUGGUCCGGAGAUUCGUAGGUGCCGAUGAGAGCCCGGAAGGGGCUGGUGGUCUCAAGGGCAAGCUAGCUCUUUUAGUCAAAAGGCUAUCUGCAAAAUUCAAGGUUGCAAGAGGACGGACUGAAUAAUGUCAUUCCGGCGAGUGAUCAUUAAUAAUAAGAUCAAACUUACAAAGAGUACUCAACCACGCAGUAUCAGCACCAGACCAGUCAUGCUUGACAGAGACAGACUCUGUCGUUGUCAUGUCACCAUCAUCCCAGUCACUUUGAGCUUUCAGCGUGCCACAAACACCCCUUUCUAGUAUAAACUACCGAUCACGGCUGCCCAGCAGCAAACACUUGGGUUACGCGGCACUGUUCAACCUUCAUACCAUUUGCCUAUACAAACUUGUGACACAUACGU